CCCCCCCCCCCCCGCUCCACUCCACUGGCACUCGUCCCGCAACUCGUGGAGGAGGAAGAGGCCUCCACCCCAGUACCAUCCCUCCCGUCCGGGCCGGGCCUCUGUGCAGACCGCGAGGUGCCCAGCCUGUCGUUUCGAGACCCGAUGUUGUCCGGAGACGGAGUUAUGGCUCGAUCGGUCGGGAAGCCUUCACGCGGCUCCGCGCGGAGGAGGCCGUCCGCACCGUGGUGGCGCGGCAUUGUGGGGAGUGGAGCAUGCACCUUCACAAUGUGUUGCAGUCGGUUGGAGAUAACUCUGCAUCGGCAUCUGAUGUGGGGAGGCAGAGAAUGAUUUGGGGGCGAUGCAGAACCUUAUGCGAUAUGGUGCUGGAGAAGAAGAGGAUUUCAUCCAUCCAUGCUCUGACGAAUUCUACGGGAAUUCGCUGUCUAGAUGGGGGGCGGUCAGCUUCCCUUAUUUUCAUCGUCAACCCGGGUGCCGCGUCGCCAUCUCAGGUAAGUACGAGCCAAGACCCGAUGCGUAUACAAGUCACUCUAGGUAUACGCAGCGUUCAUUACACCUUCUUCGAUCCAGUAGUCAGUGGAAUGCUUUUGGCUUUGUGUUACUCUCACUGUCACACAUUAGAACAAAUAGCUGAAUCAGCACGUCAGUCAGCCAACUCUGGACCCGUCCAAAUUACCCAAAUGAGGGGGCGGAGAACAUCAAGAGACUUCUUCUUUUGAACUUUGACUGACAAUGAUAUUUUGAUUGUUUAGUUAGGUAUAAAGUAGAAGUUGCAUGGUUAGAUUUGUCAACAAUGGUAUUUUGCAAAUGAUGUAUAUUUGAAAUUACUGUGUUAAAUUAUUACAAAAAAGAGUGACUUAAAGAAUUGGAGGACAGCCUUAGCACUGGCACACGCUCACUCUCUUUCAGGCACCCUGAAGAACAAAACCUAAGGAAGCCAUUGCCCAGCACCCUGCACGCCAACUGAAGUAUCCGAAAAAGGUUUCUUUUUUUACCAUUUGUUGAGCUGGUGAAGAUCAGUAGGAGUUCAGGGAGAGGGAAAGAGGCCAAGCGAUCAAGUGGAGACCAAGACGCAAGUAGGUUCAAUUGGAUGACCAUGGAAGGGAUGAGGAGGUAUUGUCCCUUUGCCAUCCAUGGUUCCUUCCUUCUAAUACUUCUCCCCAGUUUGUUCUUGUUUCACCAUGCGCCCGUGGCUGCCGGUGCCGAUGCUCCGUCUUCCCAACCACAAUUAAGCAACGCGCAGGAGGCAAUUAUGGUGAAUAUCUCGAGCGCUGUGGGUAACAGCAGGUUUAACACCACCUCGAAUCCAUGCACCUGGAGCGGAGUCACCUGCACGCGCUCCGGUUCCUCUUGGGUGGUGACCAACAUCACCCUGUCCAACUAUGGAAUAUCAGACUCCUCCAUCUUCGCUUCCAUUUGCCGUAUCCAGACCUUGCAGUCCCUUGACCUCUCCAGAAAUUCCUUCACGGAUUUGUCCACCCAAUUCUUCCCCCCUCCUUGUUCAAUGAAGGAAGGGUUGCGUCUCCUCAAUCUGAGCAGCAACCAGUUACGUCACCCGCUCAGUAAUUUGUCGGGUUUCCGACAGCUGGAGGUUCUUGAUUUAUCCUCCAAUUUUUUCACCAGUACAAAUUUGAGUGCAGACUUGGGUUCUUUUCCCAAUUUGAGGAGCUUGAACCUUAGUUCCAAUGACUUGAAUGGUAAUGUUCCUACCAGUAUGGUCGACUCUUUGGUGGAGUUGGUGCUGUCUGGUAAUCAAUUGAUUGGUUCGAUUCCUUCUGGUUUGUUUAGAUAUGAAAAUAUUACUCUGCUGGAUCUCAGCCAGAACAAUCUAACUGGUCAUGUCCUAAAUGAGUUCAAGAGUCUUGCCAAGCUGGAGACUGUACUCCUUUCAGGGAAUAAACUGAGUGGGGAAAUACCAGCAAGUCUGUCGAAUGUAGCGACGCUGUCUCGGUUUGCAGCUAACCAGAACAAUUUUACUGGUCUAAUCCCCAGCUGGAUUACCAAACAUGUCAGGAUGUUGGAUUUGAGCUAUAACAAUUUGAACGGGGUGAUCCCCUCAGAUUUCCUUUCCCAUCCUGGGUUGCAGAGUGUUGAUCUGACCAGUAACCAGCUUGAAGGGCGUAUUCCCAGCUACCUGUCUCCAAGCCUCUAUCGCUUGAGGCUUGGUGGAAACAGGUUUCAUGGGAACAUCUCAAACUUCAUUUGUAAUGACACAGAAUUGGCUUAUCUUGAGUUGGAUAACAACCAGUUGACGGGAAACAUACCUUCAGAACUCGGUAAAUGCAACAGUUUGUCUAUGUUGAGUCUGGCAUCAAAUAAGCUGAAGGGUUCAGUGCCUGGUACUAUCGGUAAACUUGAGAAGCUGGUAGUUCUGAAGCUUCAAAACAACUCUCUCUCUGGACCUAUCCCGAAGACAUUUUCUGCAAACCUGAGUAUAUUGAAUCUUAGUCAAAAUUUAUUCAAUGGAGAGAUACCAAGUGAAAUUUUCAAGUUGCGAAGGCUUUCGAACUUGUAUUUGCAAGGCAAUAAGAUCAACGGUGCAAUUCCCGUCUCAAUUUCAUUAUCAUAUUCACUCAUUGAGCUCAAUCUUGGGGAUAAUGCUCUGGAUGGUACCAUCCCAACCAUGCCAAUCACUGUGAGCACCUCUCUUCUCAAUCUUAGUCAUAACUUUCUUACUGGACCUAUUCCUUCAAGCAUCAACUCUUUAAGUGGACUAGUGAUUCUUGAUCUUUCACACAACAAGCUAUCCGGUGAAGUGCCAUCUUCAUUAUGGAGUCUUCCAAGUUUGACACAGGUGGUGCUUUCUUAUAAUAAUCUUUCUGGAUCUCUACCUAGAUUCGGCCAAAAUGUGGAAAUCGAUAUAGAGGGGAAUGCUGAUCUAACAAAUGGUACUGGAAACAAUAACAGCACUUAUACUACUGGUAACAAAAAACUGCGCAAAGUUGUUGUCGUCGUCUUCACUAUUGCGGGCGCUUUUGUUGGAUUAUGUGUGCUUGCUGUUAUCAUUAUGACGUCGUUAUCGAAGAGAAUUUAUCGUGUCAAAGACGAAAGGCGAUCUGCUGGGGAGGGUGUUUCUGAAAUCAUCAAUGGCAACCUUGUUAUGAAAAACAACCAAACCUCUGCAACUGAGUUCAUGAAAGCAAAGCCAGAUAACUGGAAGAUCACACCUUUCCAAGCUCUGAACUUCGAGGUUGCAGACAUACUGCAGGAACUAACGGAGGAGAACUUCAUCGGCAGCGGUGGCUCAGGGCAUGUGUACCGUGUUACAUACACCAACCGGUACAACAGCAGCACUGGGGUAGUGGCCGUGAAACAGAUGCACAGCGUUGGCUGGCUGGAUGAGAAGCUGGAGCAUGAGUUUGAGUCCGAGGCGGGCAUCCUAUGCAACAUCCGGCACAACAACAUUGUCAAGCUGCUGUGCUGCCUCUCUAGCGCGGAGUCCAAGCUCCUUGUGUACGACUACAUGCACAACGGCAGCCUGGACAGAUGGCUCCAUGGAAGCGCCCUCCGCUCAGGGCACUCUAUGGUGAGGACACGGUCUGUGCAGCAUGUGCCGUUGGACUGGCCGACGAGGCUCAUAGUGGCUGUCGGGGCCGCGCAGGGGCUGUGCUACAUGCACCAUGACUGUUCACCACCCAUCAUUCACCGGGAUGUCAAGACGAGCAAUAUCCUACUGGACUCAGAGUUCCGAGCUAAGGUCGCGGACUUCGGGCUGGCCAGGAUGCUGGUGCGGGCAGGGGAGCCCAACACGAUGUCUGCAGUGGCAGGAUCAUUUGGCUACUUGGCUCCCGAGUAUGCUUACACGAGGAAGGUGAAUGAGAAGGUGGAUGUCUAUAGCUUUGGUGUGGUGCUCUUGGAGCUGACAACUGGCAGGAAGGCCAACGAUGGCAGCGAGCUUGGUUGUCUGGCAGAAUGGGCUCGGCACCACUACCAAUCAGGUGUGAGCAUCCUCGAUGUUAUAGACAGGAGCAUCAGAUAUGCUGGAUACCCUAGUGAGAUUGAGACCGUGUUCAGGCUAGGCGUGCAAUGUACCGGCACCUUGCCAUCAUCACGUCCAACCAUGAAGGAUGUGCUGCAGAUUUUGCUCAAGUGCAGCGAGCAGACGCUCCGGAAAAGCAGAAUGGAGUUUAGCAUGGAGUACUAAGCAGCUCCAUUCUUGCUGCCAUAGCGGAGCAGCUGUCCAGAACAGAUGUCCAACGGCAAAGGAAACAAGUAUCAUUGAAGAGAAGAGUGACUUGAAUUGCACUCCUUGAACUCUGAGGAUAAAACCUGACAUUGCACGUAGGACAUAUUCUGUUUUCAGAAAUUGAUAGGACAUACUUUUCACAGUCGAGUUGCAGUAGUAGGCGUGUGUGAGUAUUUUCGAGUCGUUCUUGUAUCCUCUGUUUUAUGUAAGGCAAAUUUCUUGCCGUCUUUUUGGGGAAAAAAAGACAUGCUAGAUUUAUGACAAUCAAGUUCAUUCAA